CGAGAAGAGUUAAGAUACGCGCAUGAUGUAUGAGCUACCGAGGUAUGUAUCUACUUAGUUGAUUACCACCCAACCAACCUCCAUCUGUGUACCUAGGAGGUAGCUAAGGCUUAACUUAUGUGCAUACGGAGUCCGAGCUUUUAGAUGCAAGAUUAACUAUGUACCUAGUAACUACAUGUACUACGCCGCGAUGUAACUGUACGAUAGAUGGGGUGUGCGGAGUUUGACCGAGUAUUUAUCCCGGCUAUGAUUUCUAAAUUUAGGUAGGGCUACCUAUUUAUCACCGCCCCGAACCGCCCUCUGUUCGGCUAGCUUGCCGUGUUCCAAGGCUGGCGGGUGUAGUAUCUAGCUGCCUAGGUAAUCUGCAUACUAGGUAAUUACCUAGAGUCCGAUUGCAGUCGCUGGAGUUGUCGGCAUGUGAGCGAAUGGCGCUUUUCGAAUUUCACUCCAUUGUUUCCUUGUUCCUGACUUAGAAUAGGGAUAAGUAAAGUAAAGUGAAGAAAUAAGAUAAUAUUCCAAACUCUCAUAGGAUUCCAAGGUAAACUAGGUAGGUAGAUGAUCACCAUAGUUAAGAUACCAUGUUUCCAGGCGUAACUGAGCAAAUGCAACCCAUUACUUCUCCCGCCGGGCUUAAGAGGAAGGCAAGCCACCAGGAAAGCUGGGAGCACAUUCAGGAUGCGAAGGAGAGAAAGAAAGUCCAGAAUCGCAUCGCGCAGAGGGGCUACCGCGAACGUACCCGGAAGCGCGUCGAAACCCUUGAGCAGCUAUGUCGGCUGUCCACUAGGAAAUGCAGCUGCCUAGUAGACUGCCCCGGGUUGCACAGCGAAGGAUCUAGCUCUAUCUCUACCACUGAGACACUUUGUUCCUCGUCGCCGUAUUCAUCACCCUCUUCAUCGUCAUAUGUGUCGUCUCCUAACACUAGACGUGGGAGUAGAGACUUGCCGAGUCCGCUUACUCCCAGCUCCCUAUCAUCUUACUUCCACAACAUCGCGGGUCUAGAGAUGGGAGAUUACAGUAAGGCAGUGGAAGAAGAUGAGAUAUUGGAAAAUCAAGCUAUCGAUAUAUCGUGGGGUGCUGCCGAUGCACUGCCCGGGGAUGGUGCGGUGAUAGCUGUAGAUGACAGCAUACAAGUCAGUUGCCAUACAUCGCCAAUGACUAUCAGGCGCUCAGACGGUAACAUGAACGCGCCAGAAUUCUCAUCAAUAGCCAAGACAACUCCCCAAGAAACUCCCACCCCACCUUCUAACGAACUAUCCGCCCCCGACCCCUCCAGCAACGGCAACGGCAACGGCAACGGCAAAACCGCCCUCCACCUCGCCGCCGAGAGCGGCAACACAAGCAUGCUGCACCUCCUCCUCCGGAUGAGCGCCAACCCCCUCGCGCGCGACCAUCUCGGACGCACGCCCCUCCACCUCGCCAUCAUCUCCUCCCGUCCCUCAUCCUCAUCCUCACCCUCCUCCACCACCACCGCGCUCCUCCUCCUCCUCCUCCAACUCCCCGGCACAAUCCACGCGCGCGACCACAACGGACAAACACCCCUCCACCUCGCAGCCAUAUCCGGCAACGAGGAGCUGGUAGAGCGGCUGGUGGAGGCGGGGAGCGAGGUGGAGGCGCGGGAUGCGAUGGGGAGGACGGCGCUGCAUCUGGCAGUUGAGGGGGGGCGGGGGGAGGUGCUGGGGGUGUUGGUGGAGAGGGGGGCGGAUGUUGAGGCGAGGGUGGGGGUGUUAUAGGUUAGGGGGGUUUGAUGGGCAUGGAUGGUGUGUGUGUAGGAUUGGUUUAUGUAGGAUAAGACAAAAACGGGGGACGGGGGGAUGGCUUCGCCGUUAAGCGAACAUACACUGCUGGACUUGUUAAAUACCUUGGGCAGGUGUGGAUACAUGGCACGUUGCUGAACUGUUUAUAUACUAGGUACAUUGUAUUGAUU